AAUUCAAUUACAUGAUGCUUUUAUCGGGAUUCAAUCGCCCUGCUCCACUGUAAUAUUCCUUCUGUUGAUUGGGAUUGCGACAAAUGUACCCGCCUGUUGCGUCUAUAGGAGGGAUGCGAAGCUUUCAUCGCAACAAAACAAUUUACCCAAACAGUAGACGUGGAAAACGAGGGACCAAUUAAUCUUGUGCUACGAGGAGUGAUGAGCAGUACUGAAAACAACUGUUGCUGGGCAAAAUUGUAACCGUAUGUGACAGAUCACGUUCAGUGGAAGAAUAGAAUAGAAUAGGGUGAGGGUGAGGGUGAGCAGCACAGGAGGAGGAUGAUGGACCAGUUUGCCAAUUCAAGCCAACCACUUUACACGCCAAAACCUUCUCCGUCGCAUUUUCCACCCCAUCACAUUAAAUUACUUGAGAAUUUUUCCAAUGGAAUGGCAUUGUCAUCUUUCGUCUUUCAUCUUCAUCCUUAUCCGCUCUUUCUUUGUUUCCGUCUACUGCCUCCUGUCUGUUACUGUUUAUUCCAUUACCUUGGCCCCCUCUUUAUUGCCUGGCCAUUUUCGCCGCUAACCCAGCUGGCACAAAGUACGAAUCUCUGUUAACUAGGGGUUUCGAUCUUGGGUUCUCUGCCUUUUUUCGAGAAGCCUUUGUGAAGCCUGGUUCUAUUAUCUGCGAUCUUGGUGACCUGGAAGGAUGUCCAGAAAGCUCAAGGCGGGCGGCUCUCCGCUUUCCAACGACAUGGAUGUGAAGCAUGCGACCCUUAUGCGGGACUAUCUUCAACUGCAGCAUGAGUUUGAUACGUUGAAGGAUCGAAUAAGCGCAGCUCAGGCGAGAAAGGCGACUGUGUUUGCAGAAGUGAGAUUCUUGAGAAGAAGGCUUAAGAAGCUCAAGGAGUCCCCUUCGAAUAGUAAAGAUAAAUAUUCAGCCUCUCCAAUUUCGCACUACCCUUCCUCAACGGCCUAUGGCGGAAAAUCUACUUCCGGGGCAUUUGCGCCAGAACCUGCUUCUCGGUCUCCUAAAAAUAAUUUGCUGGGUACAAUGGAAAUUCCUGUCUCUUGGGAACCUCUCAGGACCAAAUAUCCCGACGAAGUCACCAAAAAGAAGCCAGUCAGUAGCAACGUUGAAUUGCUCAGUGCUCUCAAGACGUCUGAAUUGAGGAAUAGAUCAAAUAUGUUUGCCACAGCGUUGCCAGGAAAGAGGAAAAUCUCGUGGCAAGAUCAGAUUUCUUUGGAGUGUAACUGAGCACUUCAUUUGAUUUGUUUUGUUAUCAUUUUAUGGUCUCUCAAACCAAGAAAUUAUUUCCUCUCUGUUUACCAAAAUCUUCGUUAUACUUCUAAGCUGACUGGAUUGUAGAUUUCUGUUCUACACAAAGGCCAGUUGUAGAGGCAAUUCCGUUGUAUUCUUCAAUCAGUAGCUGGUUAUGUAUAUAUAGGUUGUGAUUUAUUUCUAAAACUGUAUGAAUUGAAUCUUUGAUUACCAAAAGACACUUCAAUUUCAUGGAAAAAAUGCAAUUGGUAUUCUGUUGAA